CAAUCUUCUAAUCUUCUUCUACACGACAAGUGGAACUUAUAUUGUCAUAGCAUCCAUGGUCAUCAAUGAAAAUACUAAGGUUAAAAUAUGCUACUACAAAAAGGAACGCUGAGUGAAAUCUAAUGACACGAGAGAUUGUUCACAAAGAUGACCUUGUCUCUUUUGUUGUCAGUAGUAGACGAGUAACUGCUGCCACUUCGAAUUCCUCUGAAUCCAAUCGAGAUCUCAAAGAUGCAAUUGCAAUCUUUUGUAUACUACAAUCAUACCCACUUUCAAACCUUCAUGUCAAAUUUUUAAACGCAAUGUUGAGAUGGGUAUUCCAUUGUUCUCGGACAACCAUUUAGGAAUGUAAAGGUGAUAAUAAUAAAGGAUAAUACGAAUGCGUCAAUGUGCGGCUUAUAUACCAACACUGUUCCCUAAGUCUUCCUCCUUCUCCUUUGUACUCAUCGUCUAUAAGGCACCAUCUACUUUCCUGCUUCUUGAAUGCCAUAUCCACAAUAUUGGAAUUCAAUCUACGUGUUUUGUAUAAAAUCAAGUGCAGCCACGCUUCACGCGCCUCUCUCUACAAUGGAGGAAGGAAAUCCCAAACCAAAACGUCGCGAUGCUAUUCGUGACAGGUUAGAAUUUGAAUCUGCCUGUAAGUAAAUGUCCAGCACAUAAAUGGUUCGAUGCUAAUUACUUAUAUUAUAGGUCACCCGGGAGUAGAUGUUAAAGAACUCACUCACUUCGUUCAUAACACCGUGGUUAGCGGAACUUAUGUUGAUAAUUUAAACUACUGGCCAGCAAAAGGCAACAUACUAUGCCGUAAUUGUGGCAUAGAUACUUCUCGAGCCGGCCUCGGAUAUACUUCACGCAUCAAGCUUUACUAUGUAAAAGACAAUGAUGCUAUUUGGGAACUUGGCGGUCCGGAUGGGCAGUGGCUGCUGAGGGACGAAUUAAACAUCCCUGGUAUCGCUAUGAAAACGGACUAUACAACACAGGAAUUUCUUCGGGAAGCGAAUUCAGGUGUGCCUCUAGUGGAAAUGUACAGGUUUGGCGGAAAAGAUGACAAGUUCAAUUUUACAAUGAUGUCCCGGGCAAAAGGAAAAAUGUUAGGGGACGCUGCUGAAGAUCUCUGCGACGAACAACUCGCUGAUCUUGAGCACGAUUAUAGACGGGUUUUCAAAAUAAUAAGCCAGUUUACUAGUCCCUACAUGCAAAGAGUAGGUGGUGCAGAAGCUCUCGAUACUUGUAUUGGCAAUUGCAAGAAUUACGGCUGUAUCAAGACAGGACGCACUGAAGAAGAGUGGCUGGAAAACUUAACUCCCGGGAUGCGCAAAUCUCUUUUGUUGAAUAGUUGGUGGGAUAAUCGGCGUGGGCUCAAGGAUCCGGCAGUGCGAGGCGCUUGGGUCAAAAAAGCGGACGAAAAAAUAGCUGAGCUCAAGGCAAAGUUUCCAAGGGGUGGACCAUAUGUUUUAACCCAUGGAGAUUUUAAUGGGUCGAAUCUCUUUGCUUCAAAUGACAACGCAGAGAGAAAAUGGAAGGUCACCGCAGUGAUAGAUUGGGAAACGGCCAGUUAUUUGCCUUGGUGGGUAGGACUUCAUGACAUUUUCGGACUAUCCGUAAGAGAACAUGCAGAACUUUGGGAGUGUUUCCCCCCAGGAUUCACACUGGAUGACUGGGAGGCGCUGGUGAAGACCAUAAGGGAGAUAAAAAAAUUGUGGAUAGGUGGAGGGUAUCACGGUCAAAGUAAGCAUGGACUAGCGGAUGGAGCAAAUCACUGGUUUGGCCCCGACUUUUGUGAAUGCCGUAAAAUAAGACAACACUUUUUGGAGUGGCAUAUGGGGUGGUCGAAAGAGCAUCUGGAUGUGUUUGACCCUGAGCUUACGGAUACGGAUGAUGAUGAUGAUGCAAUAGAUGACAAUAAACACAAACACGGUAAACAUGAAAGAGAAUUUCAGCGGUGGUUCAAGGAAAUCAGCAUAUAGUUAGUUGGCUGAGCUAGCUUCUGCUUAUCUCAAUAUUUAGUUCGAAAUACUUGAAAUGAA